CGAGCCUCCGCUGCAGACCCAGCUCGCCGCCCUUCCCUCGCGCCCGCUCGAGCGGCGCGGAGCCCGGGGGAAACUUCGGCGCCGCCUUCUCUCGCUGCCGCCGCCGCCGGCCUCUGGACUCCUCGCGAAGUUCCCGCUGCUGGUCCUGCCUGCGUGCAGCGGAGGAGGAGGGAACGACGACGGGCGACGGGGUCGCCUCGGGGAGCCCUGAGGGCCUGUACGUUGCUGUUGCAUCAUCCUAUCUCCUGGUGGAAGAACUAAGAUUCAACUGAAAUUCUGAGUUAACCUGGCAAGAAAGGCUAAGGACAAGCUUGGCCAAUAAAAGAUACAUGGGACAUAUAAACCAUUAGAGGCUAAACAACGCUUUCCAGGAGCAACAUAGGGUUGAUUGGAUUGUGCAACCUGUACAACCAUGGAAGGGGAUUGUUUGAGCUGCAUGAAGUAUCUGAUGUUUGUCUUCAAUUUCUUCAUAUUUCUGGGUGGUACAUGUCUACUGGGAGUUGGAAUAUGGGUCAUAGUAGAUCCCACAGGAUUUCGAGAGAUAGUAGCUACUAACCCUCUGCUCUUCACGGGAGCAUACAUCAUGCUGGCCAUGGGAGCAAUGCUCUUUCUGCUGGGGUUCCUAGGAUGCUGUGGAGCAAUCCGCGAGAACAAAUGCCUCCUCCUCUUUUUCUUCAUGUUUAUUUUGAUCAUCUUCCUAGCAGAACUCUCAGCUGCAAUCCUGGCUUUCAUCUUUAGAGAAAAUUUGACCAGAGAGUUUUUUACUAAGGAGCUGAAAAAGCACUACCAAGGGAACAAUGAAUCUGAUGUCUUUUCUUCUACCUGGAAUUCUGUCAUGAUUACAUUUGGCUGCUGUGGUGUCAACGGUCCCGAAGAUUUUGAAGCUGCCCCACGUUUCCAUCUCCUGCAUUCACGCGAGGUAGUUCCUGAAGCUUGUUGUCGACGGGAGCUCCAGUCCCGUGAUGGAGCAAUCCUCAGCAAAGAAGACUGUCUUCAAGGAAAGGAAAUGUAUCAAAAUCGGCAGGGGUGCUACACCGUCAUACUUAACUCCUUUGAGACGUACGUGUACCUGGCGGGAGCUCUUGCCAUUGGGGUUUUAGCCAUUGAGCUCUUUGCCAUGAUCUUUGCCAUGUGCCUCUUUCGGGGAAUCCAAUAGAAAGCAUCCUGUGAGCAGCAGAAACAUUUCCAACCACAUGUUUUGAAAACAGGAAAAAGAGAAGAUAAAACUUUAUUUUUUGUUUAACAGACUGGGGUUUUGGGGGGGGGAGGAUUGUAAUAUAUGAAUGACCAAAAGGAUGUACUUCAGGGGCUGGAACUUUGAGGUGCUGGACACUCCAUUGCCCUUCUCGCACGGGGGGGGUCAUUCACCAGAAGUCACGUGCAAAGGGUUGCACUAGGAGCCUCCAGGAGAGGGAGAAAGUGAACUCUGAUGGACUCUGUGAAGCAGGAGGUUGUGUGGUGUUCAUAUGUCUAACACAACGGUGACCCAUCAAUUGGCAAGGAAGAGGAAGACCAAUCCUGAUCAACAAGCUCUGCGUCUUGCAUCUGAUGGAACUGUUUAGCAAAAGCAUUGUUAACAUGUAUAGAUGAGGUCAGCUUUAAGCAGCUGAGAGGCAAUGUGGCUUUGACAUUAGACUUACUAGUCCUCACAUGGGCAGUAAAUCAUCACUUCAAAAAUCCAGGAGAAGCAACCUUUCUUGAAUCACUAGGGAUGGAUCAUUCUUGUCACCUGGAAUCUGGCAAAGGGGUCAAACCUACUGUGUUUGUAAAUGGGGGGAAAGAGCGCAUUCUUUUCAAGAGGAAAUCGGAAGCUCAAUGCACAUUUUUUUGUCACAAUGACUUUUAUGUUCAGUAUUUUAUGAGAAAAAGGAAAGUUGAAGAUGGUUCUACUGCUUUUUCUGAAAAGUGUUUUCAUCUAGAAUUGUCAGUGCUGUCACCCUUAAAGAGUAGAAUUUGAUUUUUGCUUUGUGUUUAAGCUUUCGAAUGUUUCGUCACCACCAUGUUACAUGAGAAGUAUGCCGUCCUAAGUUUGGUCCUUUGUAGCAAUUGAUUAGCUUGUUGCCUUUAUGUUUCAGUAUGUACUGCUUUCUACUUUGUGGAAAAAUCCUCCCAAAUGGGAAUGUAGUAGCACAGCUUCAAUGUGUGAAUCUUGUGGCAUCAUUUCUGCUCUCUGCCGUUCUUUCUUCACAUUUCCUAUCAUGCAAGAAAAAGCUAAGUGGAAUGAAAUGAAAUAGCAUGCCCUAGCCAGAUUUUUUUUCUUCCCCUUUUCAUUUCAUUCAUUGAUACCAAAUUCUGGUUUUAGCUGUGCGUUAUCCAUUUAGGUGCUCAAAGGAGGCGGGCACAGUCAGCAAAACAGAACAAAGGUUCCAGUUGAGAUAUCUUUGUUGGGACUGGCUCUGCUUUGAAUGUAAACCACCCUGAACAUAACAUUUCGAAUGAAUGGCAGAUAGAAAUACGGACUGACAAAGUGGAGACCUGUGUGGUCCCAAGUGGUGAGCUUCAACUGAGAAACAAGAGUAAAAUAUGGCAACUUUGCAUACCAAAAGAAUUUGGGGAAAGCAAUUUAUGAGGUAUACAGAGAGCACCUUAAAAAGUCUUCAUUUCCAAAAUAAUUGUGUGUAGAAACUGUUAAUUCUCACAUGAUACAAAUAAUA